AUGCCUCUUCACAGCUCAUUGAGCCUUCCGCGCGAAGGCUUCACUAUCGACGUCCUCGGCCGCAUUCUCAAACACACAGCCCUCAACCCCGUUAUUACCUUGCCGCUCCUCCUCCUCGCCCGCUUCACACAAAAAGGCCAAGGCUUGACCGCCGCCCACCCCAAACUACUGAAACACCUCAAAACGCUCCUCUACCUCGGCCUCGCAGACCGCAUCAGCGCCUGGCUCGACCGCAACGCCGCCAACAACUGGACGCGCGACGACACCUGGGACUGGUCUGACUCCGGCAACGAGCUCGUCGUCGUAACGGGCGGCAGCGACGGCAUCGGCAAGGAAAUCGUGCUCCAGCUGGCCGCACGGGGCAUCCGCGUCGCGGUGCUGGACAUCCAGGCACCGACCUGGACCGAUGACGCCGCCGCCGCCAACCUACCCACCGUUUACUACGCGCACUGCGACCUCUCGUCGCCCCCCUCCAUCGACGCCGCCCUCGCCGCCGUCCGCACGCACUUCGCCGGCCGCGAGCCGACCGUCCUGAUCAACAACGCCGGCGUGUGCUUCGGCAAACCACUCCUCGAGACACCGCCGCAGCUCGUCCGCAAAACCUUCGCCGUCAACACGCUCGCCCACUUCGACCUCGCGCAGCGCCUGCUGCCCUCCAUGAUCGCGCGCGACCACGGCAUGGUCGUGACGGUCGCCAGCCAGGCGGCCUUCGUCGCGGCGCCGCUGCUGGCCGACUACGCCGCCAGCAAGGCCGCCGCGCUGGCGCUGCACGAGGCGCUGGCGGCCGAGCUCGCGACCGUGUACAACGCGCCAAGGGUCAGGACGGUGGCCGUGUGUCAGAAUUACACGCGCACGCGGCUGUUUGAGGGGUUUAAGGAGGGGGAUGGGUGGGUCAAUUAUACGCUGCAUCCGCAGACGGUGGCGGAGGCGGUGGUGGGGAAGGUUUUAGGCGGGGAGAGCGGGUUGGUGGUGCUGCCGGCGGCGGGGUGGUGGGUUAGUGCGAAGGUGAGGGGGUGGCCGUUGUGGAUGCAGGUUGGGUUGCGGAAGAGGUGUGUGGAGCUGAUGCAGGGGUGGAAGGGGAGGGUGGUCGAGCAGGGGAGGGAGGAGGAGGAUGGGAACGAUGCGGGGAAGGAGGCUGGAGUGGGUGAGGAGAAGGCGGCGUAG